AGGAGAGGGCAAGGAGCGAGAGAUGGGAGUGCAGGGUGAGAGUGAGGUGUCCUCAGACAGCGUUUGUGUGCUGGGAACAGAGAAGAAGCCACUGGGAUGGGAGUUUCUCUCCUCUCCAAGCUGCUUCCCUGGGCCUUGGCUGUUCCCAGCAAGGAGCCUCUUUGCUUGCAGGAGCCCGUGGCCUUUGCAGAGGUGGCCGUGUAUUUCAGCAGGGAGGAGUGGGCGCUGCUGGACCCUGCGCAGCGAGCGCUGUACCGGGACGUGAUGCUGGAGACGUAGCAGUGCGUGGCCUCG